AUGGCGUCCUCGGGCGACGCGUGGCGUCGGCGUCGCGACGAUGACGAGCGUGAGACCACCUACGCGCCGACGAGCGUGGGACGUCUCCGGACGGCAGCCGUCGGUGCCGAGGUCACGCGCGAGAGUCCCUACGAGAAGGCGAGGAUGGAGCAGCUCGCCCAGUUCGUCUCAAAGAGUUUCGACAACAACGUGGCUGCGAGUGUGGCGACCGGCGGCGAGGCCGCCGGCUGCAGGAUCGCCGGUGGCAGGAUCACCCUCAGUGUCGCGCAUCUCAUUGGCAAUGCCGCCGACGACGCUGAUCGGCAUGAAGGCUCGUCGGCACGCGAAGGCGCGCAAGAGACGGCCGCUGGUAUCGAAGCGAGCAGCGGGGGCGCCGAAGAGUCGCCGCCGUCGCCGGAGGGUCGUCUGCAGCCAGAGGAUCUCUCCGUCACGGCCAAGAUCAAGGACAUGAGGGAUACCGCGGAGAACUUGCCACCGCUGAAGACACCCGAGCUGAAGCUGUCAGUGCGAAAGCUGCUGGGAUGCACUCCCUCGCCGCCGCCCAUAUCGAAGGAUCGAUCGCCCAGUCCGGAGAACUGCGUCGAAUUGAAAAGUCAAAAUUCGAGUGACAGCAAGACCACAUCCAAUGACGUCAAAGUGUCUUCACAGAUCUCAAGGUCAAGCGGCCAGUGUCAAGAGGACUCUGCUAAGGGAUCGAGUUGUCGAGGCAAUGCGAACGGAAACGGCAAGCAGAGAAGAUCGCGGACGAACUUCACCAUUGAGCAACUGGCCGAGCUCGAGAGACUGUUCGACGAGACGCACUACCCCGACGCGUUUAUGAGGGAGGAGCUGAGCCAACGACUCGGUCUCAGCGAGGCGCGAGUGCAGGUCUGGUUCCAGAACCGACGCGCCAAGUGCCGUAAGCAUGAGAGCCAGCUGCACAAAGGCGUCGCCGGGAGCAUGGUGUUGGCGCCACGGAGCCCGCCGACUACUCUGGAACCGUGCCGAGUAGCGCCUUACCUGCCGGCUCUCAGGCUGCAUCCGCCGCCGAUGCAGGGGACAGGAACGAACGUUGGAUCGGCCUUCGACCCGGCGGUGCUGCACUACGCAGCAGCCGGCGGUCUUUUCUGCCUGCCGCCGCCGGCCGCGCCGUCGACUGGCCACCAUCCUCAUCCGCUGAGCUUGGCGGCGUCGUUGGCCGCCGCAGCAGCCCGUUCCAAAAACAGCAGUAUCGCCGACCUGAGAUUGAAGGCAAGACGGCAUCAGGAAGCCUUGGGGCUUAACAGGCCGGCGUAA